CAGAGGAGGGGCACCGGUUGCGGGAGCGCUCCCUCGCACCGGGCAGCCGCGUGGAUGCCGCGGCGGACGGAGAGCCGCGGCCCGUCCCCCCGCUCGCCCGUUGCCCGCCGCGGCCGCGCUGCUCGUGUCUCCGCCCGUUUCCUGCUUGAGGGAUGGGUCGAGUCUAAUGAGGGCGGUGCCGAUUGGCUGAGGGGGACGCCCCUUCUUCCCGCCAGCCAAUAGGCGCGCGGGACACUGCGGCGCGUGUGAAGCCGGGCGGAGGAGCACCAUGUUCCUGGUGGGACUCUCGGGUGGGAUCGCAUCUGGGAAGAGCACAGUGGUGGCCGUGCUGCGGGAGCUGGGCUGUGCCGUGAUCGAUGCCGAUGUUAUCGCCAGGCAGGUGGUGCAGCCCCACUCCAAGGCCCACCAGCAGAUCCUGCAGCACUUUGGCCCCGAGAUCCUGCUGGAGAACGGCGAGAUAAAUCGCGAGGCUCUCGGAAGCAUUAUCUUCUCCCAGCCAGAGAAACGGCGGCUGCUCAACUCCAUCACCCACCCUGAGAUCCUGAAGGAGAUGCUGAAGCAGGUCCUGAAGUACUUUGUACUCGGCUACCGCUACGUGAUCCUCGACAUCCCUCUGCUCUUCGAGACCCGUGGAUUGACCAGGUUUAUGAAAUACACAGUGCUGGUUUAUUGUGACCCCCAAACGCAGCUGGCGCGGCUGAUGAAGAGGAGCGGGCUGGGUGCAGCCGAGGCCGAAGCUCGGAUCAGCUGCCAGCUGCCCCUGGAGGAGAAGCUCAGGUGGGCGACCCACGUCAUCGACAACUCCGGGGACUGGGAGAGCACCCGCCGGCAGGUCCUGCAGCUGCACACCCGCCUCGAGGAUUCCCUGGAUUUCCUCUGGGCACGGCUGGCGGUGGGCACGGCUGCUGCCGGCCUCGGGGGGCUGCUGUUCCUCCUCAUCCGCCAUUUCAUCUCUUAAUUCACCUUUUCUCUUAGGCAGGGAAGGGGCCUGAAUUUCCCCGUUUGAAAAGGGCAGUGAAAGGCCACCUCUGUUAAUGAGCUUCGCCAGCUGAAUGCAGACAGCGGCGUGAGGCUCUCCUUGCACACUUCCCAAGGUGAACACAGCCAGAGGUUUUUUCAGGCACAUUCUCCCUGCUCGGGUUCUCACCCACCAGCUGUGCCUGUGCAGUGACACCCUUGUCCCCACGUGGGUCUCUAUUGUGGGACUUCAGUGAGCUGAGGCACUUUAAUCUGGGACGAUCUCACUUUAAUCUGGAACAAUCUCAGUUUAAUCGGGUACGAUCUCACUUUAAUGUCUUCCAGGACAAUCUUCUCAAUACAGCUGGGUGCCUUCUCAGGCCCUGUUAUUGCC